CUCACAGCACCCUCACCUCCGGCCACCAUGUACAGGAUGCAGUGGUUGUCCUGCCUGGCACUGACUCUGGCCCUCAUCACACACAGUGCACCCACUUCUCGCUCGACAAAGGCAAUGCACCAACAACUGGAGCAAUUGCUGGGAGAUUUAGAUGUGACUUUGAGAAGAGUCAAUAAUUACGAGACUUCCAAACUCUCCAUGAUGCUCCGAUUUAAAUUUUACCUGCCUAAGAAGGUCACAGAAUUGAAACAUCUUCAGUGUUUAGUUGGAGAACUCAAACCUUUGGAGGAUGUGCUGAAUAUAGCUCAAAACAAAGAAGACACUAGUGAAUUAAUCAGCAAUAUUAAUGUCACAGCGCUGGAGCUAAAGGGCUCUGAAACCACAUUCACAUGCGACUACGACGAGAAGACCUCCACCAUUGUCGAAUUCCUGAGUAAAUGGAUCGCCUUUUGUCAAAGCGUCAUCUCAACACUGACCUGA